AUGGAAGCUGCAGCGACGGAAGAGGUCGUGGCGACGCUUGAUAACCUUCAGGUGGAUGACGAAAACGCCUUGGAUUCGGCUGUGUCAAACCUGAAGCGUUACCUGUCCGAGAGCCACUCGGAGACGGAGGUUUUCGAGGAAUUGUGCCGUCAGCAGACCUAUUCGGCUCUGCCUAUCACGGACCGUCUUGUGAUCUUCUUCCGCUCUGCUUUUACUGAGCAGGUGCUUGCAAGCAACCAAGUGGCCAAAUUCGCUCCUGUGUUGGAGCAAAUCAUCGACGGACAGCAUUCGCAGUACCAACUGCUCGCACUUGUUGAGCAUUUUUGUGCUGUUGAACACUCUGAGCUGCUAACGUCGUAUCCGAUUCUUUUGAAGCUGCUCUAUGACGAGGACUUGUUGGAUGAGGAGUGUCUCGUGGCUUGGGUUAAUAACGGCGUGCGCAAGGAAUAUGCGCAUUGGUCUGUCACGGACGAGCUGGCUGUUAAACUGAAGGCGCUGUUGCAGCCGUUCAUUGAGUGGCUGGAGAACGCUGAAGAAGAGAGUGAGGAUGAGAGCGACGACGAGUAA